AUCAUUUACAGACCAAUAUAUAACUAACGAUCAGCCUGUAUUUAAUUUUAAUUAAUGGCAAAAACACGUAAAUCUUGGUUUGGGAUGAUCCGAAGAAAGUUUCUCGUGUCAUCUCCACGUUCAUCUGAGACCAUUAUCGUCCUCCAUACCAACAAUACCACAUUUUCUCAAGAACAACCACCACCACCACCGCCAUCAACACCUGCAACCAUCCCCGAUGAUCGCGUAUACAAAGGUGAAGAUCCGUCGUUCAAAGAAACCGCGGCCGCUACUAAAAUUCAAGCUUGCUUCCGGCGCCAUCUUGCACGGAGGGCGUAUAAGGCGUUGAGGAGUUUGGUGAAGCUGCAAGCAGUAGUACGAGGCGCAUAUGUGAGGAGGCAGUCUCGUAUAGCUCUUGAAUGCAUGCAUGCUCUUACGCGGCUUCAGGUCGUGGUUCGAGCUCGCCAACUUCAGCUCCUCACUUCUAACCUAAGCUAUAGUUAAGUUGUGUGAUUGUUGAAGGCUUAAAGUUAGAAGCUCAAUCUUAACAUAAUGUGAUUUGUAACCAAUUUGAUAAAUUUCUUAAAUCCGUUACCUCCAUUGUUUGACCACAAUUACCCCUAGCUAGAUGGUACUCAAUGUGGCAGCGGUGAAUAGUUUUUAUCUUAAAACAUAAGCGUGUCGCUCUUUGAGUGAAAGAAUGUACAAUAACCAAACUUGGCAAAUA